GGUUUUUAAAUUAAAAUGAAAAAUAUCCGAUUUCUUAUCAAUUUUAAAUUAGGAUUAUUCAUAACCUUAAUAAUCCGUGUUUAUGACAACUUUACGCGCGAUAACAUAUGGCUAGUCCGGGGCGAUGUCGACUUUUCGUAUAUAGAAGUAGAAACGUGGGGUAAAGAAUACCCUCAUUGUAUUAACGUCCCUUACACUCGAACGCCCCUCGCGGCAGAAAAAAUCGGCAAUAAUCUUGGUAGUAGCAUAGUAGAAUCACCGUCAUAUUCUAUGCAGUCACCGAUCAAUAUUAGAACGAGCGAAACCAUCAAAGUCGAUUUCAAUAAUUAUUCUCUGCGCUUCAGGGAUUAUAAAUUAGAUAGUUCUGGCACUGGCCGUUGGAGAAUAGAGAGAACUCGUUAUGGGUUGCUUUUAAAGGUAGACGGUAUAUUGCCUUUCAUCGAAUUAACACUUGGGGGUGGGAACCCGCUAGCCUACGAGUUCGUGCAAGCACAUUUCCACUGGGGCGUAGGCGGUGGAAGCGCGGUGGGAUCCGAACAUUCGAUUGACGGCCGAUUUUACCCGUUAGAAGUCCACUUAGUGCAUAGGAGUCGAAUCGGGAAUAAAGAUAAAUUCGCUGUGGUGGCAGUGUUCUACGAAUUAAUCGACGAGAGAGAGGGAUCGAAUGCAGGCGUGCCAGAACCAAAGAAUUUGAUAGCCAUAACCGAUACCCUGAAAUCGAGCGAAAAUGAGUUGAAGUCCGAAUUCUCUAUAAACUCCAGUUUCAGCCUGAACUUCCUAUUACCGGAAACUGUUUGGCGGGGUGACGUCAACACCCCUUUCUACAAAUACCUGGGAUCGUUUACGGCUCCGCCCUGCAACGAAACGGUCACAUGGUUGAUUAUGAAGGAACCCGCCAAAAUCUCUCUCCGACAAUUAACUGCGUUAGAGCAUUUGAAGCUAUGCAACGAAAAGGACCAUAGGUGUUUUUCGGAUAAAUUCGUGGGAUCUAACAGAAGGCCCACCCAAUCAACUAACAAACGGCCCAUAUAUUUUGUCUCGGCCAAUGGGAAAGUUUCCGCUGCGAGGACUAUAAACUUAUUUGAUUGGUCAAUAUUAUCGCUUAAAAGUUUAUUCGGAAUUAACGUGAAUUAUAGUUUGGAGAAAAGAAUGGUAAAUAUCCUAUUUCUGUUCAAAAUUUUAAAAUUUUCAUUAAUAAUUCAUGCCUUGACCGAUUUAACUGGCGAUAACUCAUGGACUGUUCAGGCGGCCAAAGCUGAAGGUCAAUGCGGCGCGGAAACGUGGAAUAAAAACUACCCGCAAUGCAUUAACGUACCUUACACUCGACCGCUUCCUAAGACUGAAAAAUAUGUCGAUAAUUUGGGUAUAGUAGAAGCGGUACCGUAUUCCAUGCAGUCACCGAUAGAUAUAAGAACGAGCGAGACCAUCAAAGUCGAUUACAAGAAUCAUUCCCUCUACUUCCGGAAUUAUAAGUUGGAGACGGGCCAAUGGAGGAUCAAGAGAAAGAGUUACGGUUUCAAUUUGAGGGUAGACGGUGUAUUGCCUUUCCUUGAGUUAGUGCCGGGGGAUGGGAAAAUCGCGCCUUACGAAUUCGUGGAUGCUCACUUCCAUUGGGGAGUAGGCGGGGGUAGUCUGGUAGGGUCCGAGCAUUCGAUUGAUGGCAAAUUUUACCCGCUAGAAGUCCACUUGGUGCAUAGGAGUCGCAACGCGGAUAAAGAAAAUUACGCCGUGGUGGCCGUGUUCUACGAAUUAAUCGACGAAAAGAAAGAGCCGAACGGACGCGCGGCGGAGCCAAAGCAUUUGCACGUCAUAACUGACGCUUUGGAAUCGAGGGAUAACGAGUUGAAGUCGAAAUUCCUCAUAAAUUCUACCUUCAGUCUCAACUUACUACUCCCCGAAAUCACGUGGGAGAGUCUUGCUAACACUCCUUUUUACAAAUACCUGGGAUCUCUCACGAAUCCCCCUUGCAACGAAACCGUGACUUGGUUAAUUUUGAAGGAGCCUGCCAAGCUGUCUCUCAGGCAGCUUUCGGCGCUAGAAAAUCUAAAGCUGUGCGACGGAAUCGACCAUGACACGUGCUAUCCGGAUAAAUACGUGGGGCCUAAUAGAAGGCCCACCCAAUCGACCAACAAAAGACCCAUAUUUUUCGUCUCGGCCAAAGGGGAAGCGUCUUCUGUUAUAUUAAACCUUUAUAAAUGGCAAAUAUUAUCGGCAACAAGUUUAGUAGGGAUUCUCAUUCGUAGAAUAUAGUUGUUGUUUUUUUAAUAAAAAAUAAUAAUUCAGAUCCUCGGGGGAAACAAUGAAGAACGCAUCAAAGUAUAAAAUCCCAACACCUGUUUUCUUCAUCCAUUUUUUUUUUAUUAUAGUUCGAACUUUUAUAACCGUGCCUAAUUUUUAUUUUGUUAUUUCUAUCAUAAUAUGCUACCAUUUUGGUUUUAUAUAAUUAAAGAUAUAGAGCAAAUUA